CUUUUCGUGACAAUCACGCCUGCCCAUUUUGUCCUGAUACAACGUGGAUCGAUCAAGACUAUUCCACCAUGACUUCGUAUACCCUCGUUUAUUUUGAUUUAAGAGGACUCGGUGAAGCAAGCAGGGUUCUUUUCGCAUUAGCUGGAGUUCCUUAUAAAGAUGAGAGAGUUCAACCGGACGACUGGCCGGCAAUGAAAGCAAGUGGGAGGUGCCCACUUGGUCAGCUACCUGUGCUUGAGCUUGGAGAUGGCAGAGUUCUCACACAAUCAGGAGCCAUUCUCAGGUUUUUAGGCAAUGAGCUUGGUUACAGCCCAAGCAGCAACUUUGAUAAAGSYCGUGCUGAUAUGAUUUUUGAUGCUGUGAAGGACCUUCAGACGAGAAUUAGUAUGUCAUUCUAUGAAAAAGAUGAAACUCGCAAGGCAGAGCUAAAGGCUUCCACAUACAAUGAAUACAUUCCAAAGCAGUUGGAAUACUUGGAGAAGAUCCUUCAGCAAAACAAUGGAGGCAAAGGCUAUUUUGUGGGAGAUAAGAUAACCUAUGCUGAUGUAGCUGUUUUCUGUGGUUUCAAUGGSUAYCUUGGUGGUGGUGYUCUAGAGGCUCCAAAGGAAAUCAAAARCUAUCCACUSCUGGUUGACUUCUACAAUCGAGUGAUGAAUGAACCUAAWAUCUUGGAAUAUCUCAAGAAAAGAAAACAAUAUGAUUAUCCCUUUUGAAAAAGAGACUCGGCAGAUAACAUGUGGAUAAUAAAAGAUUUAGCCAGUAGAGUUUGUUAGUGCAUUGCAAUAAAAGGACAUUAGAUAUGGA